AUGAAUCGUAAUGGUAACAAUCAAUUGAAAUUAGCGUUAGAAAUGGGAAAAUUCAAAGUUGCUAUAAUUGGAGCUGGUGCAACAGGAUUAGUAGCCUUAAAACAUUGCGUAAAUAGUGAAUUUGAGGUUACUUGUUUCGAACAGAGUUCAUCUAUUGGUGGAUUAUGGCGAUACGUUCCAAUAGACGAUAACGACAAAACGAACUCUCCUUUUGUGUAUAGAUCUGUCAUCACGAAUACUAGUAAUCCGACGACGGGAUUUUCGGAUUUCCCAAUGCCAUCAGAUUGGCCGACUUUUUUGCCUCAUCGAUUAAUGGAUAAAUACUAUGAAUCAUACGCGGAACACUUCAACCUCUACAAACAUAUCAAACUAAACACGAUUGUUAUUUGCGUAUCCAAAUUAACUGAAAAUAAUCGCUGGCAAAUAAAAUACAAACCCAAAUCAUUGACAAAUAUAAGUCAAGACGAGGAAGAACAACAAGAAGAAUUUGAUUAUGUUAUCGUAUGUUCCGGGCGGAAUUAUAAACCACGAAUGCCGGAAUUUCUUGGACAGGAUUUGUUUGGUGGAAAACAGAUGCAUUCUCAGGCUUAUAAAGAUAUCCAUGGCUUUGAAGACAAAAGAAUAGUUGUAGUCGGGAAUGGUAGCAGUGGCAUAGAAAUUGCAGUCGAACUAUCAAGAGUUGCCUCGCAAGUAUAUUUAUGCACCCGAGAAGGCACAAUUCCACACGUAUUUCCGCGUCUAAGAGAUCGUGGAAGACCUUUAGACCAAUUUGCCACUCGUUUCUUAACAUAUUACGUCCCAAAGCUAUUUACUCUCUAUCAACUGCGGAAAAUUCUCAAGUCUCAAAUUGAAAUUCAUAAACAGCGAGGGCUUGCAAAACAAAAACCCGAAGAAUUUUUUCCGGGAAAACAAACAUUCGCAAUAAAUUCAGAAUUUUAUGAACGACUUCUAUCAGGAACUAUUUCCGUAAAAUUAAAUAUUCGCGAAUUACGAAAAGACUCGAGCAUUGUAUUGGUAGAUAAUACAAUUCUGGAAAAUAUUGAUACUGUUAUAUAUGCUACAGGAUAUGAUAUGGGGUUUGGAUUUAUUGAUGAAAAUUCUGUUCGUAUUGGUCGAAACAGAAAUAAGGAACCUUUUAUCAAUGGCGAUAGCAUUAGAGUUAAUCAAGAAGGUGAAGAUAAUUGCCAAAGCAAUGAUUUUACAUGGCUUUAUAAAAUGAUGUUUCCUCCUCAUUGUCCAAAUAUCGCUUUUUUGGGCGUAUUUGAAACUGCAGGAUCUCACAAUAUGACAUGUGAAUUACAGGCAAGAUAUAUCAGUGCGCUAAUAACCGGAAAAAUCUCUCCAUUACCAACACCCGAAGAAAUGCAAAAAGCACUCGAGUCGCAAACAGACUGUUCUCGCGUAAAAACAAUAAUUGACGACAGCGGUGACAACUCCGAAAAAAAGCUUUCAAUUAAAGCCGAUUGGUGGCGAUACAACGAUAGUCUAGCAAAAGAAGUUGGAUGUUAUCCUAAACCAUCCAAAAUUCUAUUAAAAUUUGGGUUUCGUAUGUGGAAACAACUUUUGUUUGGUGUUCCAACCUCCGUUCAGUACCGGUUGUGUGGAUUAGAUUCUUGGCAUGAUGCAUCGGAAUGGAUGAAUAUUCAUAAUAGCUGA